CUCCACCACCACCACCUUCAUAUCAAGUUUCACUUUCUCCUUCUAUAUAAACAAACAUACACCCCAUCCACUCUCUCAUUCCAUCAUCACUCACUACCAAACAUAUUUCUCUAAAACAAUACACACUUGAGAAUUUUGUUAUUAUUAUUUCUUGAACAGAAUGGCAGAAGAACAGAAGCAGCAAAUUGAAGGAGGAGUUGAAGAGGUUCAAGUUCAGGACAGAGGCUUGUUUGAUCACUUCACUAAGAAGGAUGAAGAAGUUCAGGAACAGCAAGUCUUAGUCAGUGAGAUGGAGAAAGUGCAUGUGGUGGAUGAAGAGCCAAAGAAAUCAGAGGAUGAAGAAAAGAAACCUGGUCUUCUUGAGAAACUCCACAGAUCUCACAGCUCCAGCUCUAGCUCAUCUAGUGAUGAAGAAGAAGUAGGCGAGGACGGAGAGAAGAAGAAGAAAAAGAAGGGGCUGAAGGAGAAGAUCAAAGAGAAGCUGACAGGAGACAAAGAGGAGAAGAAGGAAGGUGAACAGGUGGAGGUUGUGGCUGCUGUUGUUGAGGAGGAUACAACUGUCAAAGUGGAGAAGGUGGAUGGGGAGAAGGGAUUCUUGGAGAAGAUCAAGGAGAAGCUCCCCAUGCAAAGCAAGAAACCAGCUGAGGAGGCUGCAGUAUUGCCAGAGACUAAAGAACAGCAUCAUCCUGAAGAAGGACAUGAGAACAAGGAAAAGAAGGGGUUCUUGGAGAAGAUCAAGGAGAAGCUGCCUGGUUAUCAUAAGAACAGUGGGGAGGACAGUCCUCCUACUCAGUAAGUUUAAUUCCUUCUUUUGUUUUCCUGUUUGGUGUUUUGGAAUGUACCCCAGUGGUUUAUGUGAAUGCUGGGGGCUUGGUUGUUUUGUUUUAUAUUUUUGCUUUUGUGGAGUUGUUGUUGGUAUUGUUGUUGUUGUUGUUGAUGAUGUUUAUGUGCUUUAAUGAGAGUGUGUUUAUGAAGGGUUUGCUGUUUUUGUAAAGAAAAAAGUGAAAGUAAAUAGUAUUGUGCUUAUCUGUUAUCAUCAAGUAUUUGCUGUUAGGGAUGUACCCUACAGCUUUGUUUUCUUUCUU